UGGAAGUGCUACAAACGGUGUCAUUCACAAAGUAGAAAGAAUACAUUACAAUUGCGAUAAAGAAUGCAAAUAACUUUCAAACAGUAAUGAGUUCUAUUUUUUCUUGACAAUUUCCCACAAUGACCGUUUGAAGUUGAAGUGAAACCAAUUCGGGACGUAUUUUGCCUUUUCUUCACUGAUUUAUCUCAAGAGAUCACAGUUCGAGAUUUUUUAAAGUUGUAUGGUUUCAAAAAUGUCCUCUAAAAUGGCAGGCUCAAACAACCUGGUACAUGCUAGGAGGAUGGUACAACAACUGAGAGUUGAGGCCAGUAUUGAGAGGAUAAAGGUGUCUAAGGCCUCAGCUGACCUCAUGCGCUACUGUGGAGAUCAUGCCAAAUAUGACCCCCUGCUCAUGGGCAUACCUGCCUCAGAAAACCCCUUCAAGGACAAAAAGCCCUGCACUAUAUUGUAGUCAAACUUGCACAACAAGUUUCUUAUUUAAUUACUUCUACUCAACUUUGCCUUACGUCCAACUCUAGCUCCUUAGUAUAACUUUGUUCCAUGUCUUAACUAGAUUUAGCUCAUACAGUAUUUAUUACUGUAAAGAAACAUCAAUCAGGACUGAUUAAUUGCCAUCUUGGUGAUGAUUAGCUUUGUGCAAUUUUUCCAUCAUGUCUUAACCAGCAUUCUUUUGUUCGUUUGUUUGAGCCUAACAGAAGUGAAGUCAUUCCAGGAAAUAAUCCCAUAAUUAAUGCAAACUUUAGAGGUCUCUAAACAGUGGUCACUUCCUUUUUCCACCAAAUGGUGCCAUUAGUUACACUUUGUGGUUGAAAUAGGGAAGUACUAUUUCACGUUGUGGUAUAAAAAGCUUGCAGCGACUCUGACUAACAGAUUAAAUGCCUAUUAAGGUCUAAGUAGACCGGUUAUUUGUUUGUCUAGUAGCACACAUAUGUAUUCAUAGCAAAAGGACUGACUGAAAGAUAUUGAAUUAAUGGAAAUUGAGGACUUGUCCAUAUUUGUAAAUGGAUCGUGAAUCAAACAUGUCUUAAUAGUGUAUCGCAAUUGCCAUUGGUCAAGUGUAUGCUAGAUAAAGUAAUAGAUAAAACAGUAAUAAGGUCAUACAAAUACUAAUUAGUUCUCAAUGGAAUGCAAUAUCACUAAGUUCAAAACCUUUAAAGAAAAGGUACUAAAGUGGUUCCAUUGUUUUAUGAGAAAAGAUAAUUGAUUCCAUUGUCCUGCAUGUUCAAACCUAUGUGCCUUAGUUCAUUAAUUGAACUAUUCCAUAUUGAUUACAGAAUUACAGCUGUAUUAAAAUGAACAUAGACUUUCUGUGUCUGUUGAUCUGGAGUAAAUUUGUUUAAUCUGUUGUUUAUGCUUUAGAUAUACACUAGAUUUAACAUGCAAAGGUGCCUUUACUUUCUGAUCUUAUUUUUCCCUAUGGCAAGUACAUUUUUUAUUUUUUUAAACAAAAGACCACUGAUGUUUGAUGCCACUAUUUGAUCCUAUCUAUGAAUUAAAUUAAUUUUUUAAAACCUAGGGCAGUCAUAAAAUGUAUGUUUAACUUUCAGGCAUUGAAUGGACUGAGCAACCGUAUAAUGAUGCUGCAAUAUCUGUAUUUUAGAGACAUCAGAGGGGGUAAUGCAGUAUUUGUGAUCUAAUAAUAAUCUUCACAACCAAAUCCCUGUGACAUCAGUGUCUCUGAAGACACAAGUCUCUUUUUCUAAUUUCUGUAUCUUUUUAAGCAUUCUUAACAUGUACUCUACAUACUUUAUCUUGAAUCUUGAAAAAAGAUUUGAUUAAAAUUGUGAACUAGUAAAA